UGUGCCUUAAAUUUCGAAGUGUCAAUCCCUGCGGACUAUAAUACUGACAUGAUCCACCUAGCUAUUGUCCUAAGGGACACUGGGUUGUAUGGCCUAAUGAAGGACAAAAACAAUUUAGAAACAAAAUGUCCAUUACGAACCCUAAGUGCUUCAGAACGAGAAAUAUACUCCUUUAAUGCAGCAAGCGGGCAAACUGAGACACAACCUGUAGACGAAAAGGUGAUCUCAAUAGACCUCCCUUGCCUGUAAGUCUUUGACCGAUCAGUUACAUCACAGGUCAUUGAAUUUUGAGAUUUCUUUUUGAAAUUUAGGUCUAAAGCCGUUAAUAUCUGCUGUCUCUGUGCAGAGGCUAAUGAACACAGCAUGACAGCCUUAAAGUUACCAACUUUAAACUUAGCUCGUGUAGAGGAGCUAAAGCCUUUAAAUAGUCAGUCAGUUAAGAAAUUGUUAAGGAAGCGAUGGAAUACAAACUUGAACGCUUGAACACAACUUUAAUCCGCUCGAUCUACAAUACACCGAUUUACAACAGGUUGAUGUACUGCCCGGGAACCCGACUUACAACAAAUCUACGAGCGACUAGCAAGGAAGUCACGUGACGUGUUAUCUACAUAAUUUAUUCUACUCUCACAGGUCCAGUCUCACGGGGCUUUUAAUGACCCGAGUACGAGUACGACGAUGGGCCGUUACAUUCUCCCCACCUUGUCCUCCUUCGGGGAGGACAACUCUCUUCUUAGGCUUACGAAUAGGUACACUUUUAACAUUAACAGAGUUCGCUCGAGGCUUCUCCCCACCGUCAACAGGAACAUCAGCUUCACGGGUAACUUGUGGGGCCGCUGCAUCAAUUUCCAAUCUGUGUAACCGUUGAACAGGCCUGUUGAAUACACCUUUCUGUGCUUUCACGGUAGCCGUUCGCACGAGUCCGUCCUUACCAGGAUGAACCUCUUCCACCCUGGCCAUUGGCCACUUGGUACGCGAUACAUUAUCAUCAGAGACCAACACGAUAUCACCUUCUCGAAUGGAGGGGUUUUCCUCUUGCCAUUUACUUCUCACGGACAGCAGGUGCAGAUAUUCUCGUUGCCAGCGUUUCCAAUAGUGGUUAAGUAGUCUCUGUAGGUAAAGAUACCUUUCAACAGUUCUUUUACUAGACUCCUCCAAGCUUUCUUCUUUACUCUCAGGUAACUGGUUAAUUGGUCUACCAAUUGCAAGAUGAGCAGGUGUAACCGGCAAAGGGUCUCUGCAAUCGUCGCUCACUGCCGUUAAUGGUCGCGAGUUGAUGAUGCCUUCAAUUCGAAUUAAUAAUGUGUUCAACUCAGAAAAGGUGAGAAGCGCCUUUCCAAGCACUUUACGCAAUGAUUCUUUGAUUACUCUGAAAAAUCGUUCCCACCAUCCGCCUCGCCAUGGUGAACGCUCGGUGAUGAAUUUCCACGUAAUCCCUUUCGACGAGAGCUCAGAAUUAAUUCGAUUUCGAUCCAAUGUAUCCCACACCGUUCGACUUUGAGUACUAGGAUCAUACAAUUUCUGGAUUUCCUUGCUUGCAGCCUUAAAGGUUUUUGCGUUGUCGGACCACACUGUAUGGCAAAGACCUCUGCGGCUUGUCAUGCGACUAAAGGCUUGUAGGAACUCAUCAGUGGUAAGGCUGUGUGUUAGUUCCAAGUGAAUCAUACGAGAUGAUGCGCAUGUAAAUAGACAAACGUACACUUUCUGUACGGUUGAACCUUCUUUUACAUAGAGAGGUCCUGCGAAGUCAGUUCCAACAUGCGCAAAAGCUGGUGAACAUGAAACUCUCUCCUCCGGCAAUGGGCCCAUUUUCUGCGCGCAAGGUCCAACUCGCUGUUUUUGGCAAGCCACGCAUCUUCUGAUAACACGUUUGACUUCUCGUCUCCCUUGGGUCAGCCAAAUUUUCUGUCUUAAGGUUGACAGUAUGCUUUCUGGGCCCGCAUGUAACAUGAUCUUGUGUAGGUCUAGUACCAUCUUUGCGACUUCGGGAUCUCCGUGAGGCAAUAUUACUUGAUGCUUGGUCUGUUCAAGUAGAUCAGCAAACUGCAGUCGGCCACCAACUCUUAUAACCUGAUCCUCUCUGUCAUAAUACGGGUCUAGUUUGAGAAGGCGACUGUUCUUGGGAAGAGUUUGUCCGGACUUUAGCAACUGGUAAUCUUCUUUAUAGACCUCUUCCUGUACCCACUUACAACACUUAAUCUCUGCCUUCUUCACUUCUUCUGCCGACAGUUCACUUUCAGAAGACUUACAUUUAGUCUUGAACAACUUGACUGCUCUCAGUACAUAAGCGGUUACUCGAAUCAACUUUAACCAUGUCCCGUAACGCGACAUAUCAAUUAACGGCUCUCUAAUGACUGCUGUACAACCAUGAGCAAUUUUCCUUUCCUCUUCGCAUACUUCAGAGGGAACAGUACCACCUUGGGGCUGAACGGGUAAAGGUUUGUCACUCGAAGACAGCCACCGAGGUCCAUUCCACCAUAAGGUAUUGGUAAUCAUAUCAUCACAGCUCAACCCACGCGUCAACAAAUCUGCAGGAUUCUCCUUACUAGCACAGUACCUCCAACACUCAGGAUCCCACGUAGACUGUAUUUCUGCAACUCGAUUCGCCACAAAUGGUUUCCAACGAGAACUCUGACCUUUUACCCAAUGCAGUGCCACCAUACUAUCAGUCCAACACACAACACUACUCACUUCCAUAGGCAAAGUGUCUACAACAAACUUCAACAACCUGGCAUUUACAACUGCUGCUAAAAGUUCCAGUCUGGGUAGUGACACUUUCUUUAUAGGUGCAACUCGGGACUUUGAUAUUACCAGCUGCGAGGAUACAUGACCUUGCUUGUCUGCUAUUCUGAUGUACACUGCUGCUCCGUACGCUUUAGGAGAGGCAUCUCCAAAACCAUGUAGCUCUAUCUUAGAAUCUUGCGUGAUGCCAUUCCCGAAGCAUCGGGGUAUGGUCACACCUUUCAGUUGCAACAACUCUGACUUCCAAUGUAGCCACUUUGCUUUAAUUUCACUGUCCAAAGGGUCAUCCCACAAUAAUCCUUUCAACCACAGUUCUUGGAAGAGGAUUUUGGCUCUGACAGUGAAGGGAGAUAUCAACCCUAAAGGGUCAAACAUUUUCGAUGCUAGACUAAGCAGGCUUCUCUUUGUCAUUGGAUCCGGAGAUAAGAUAAUUCCACCCGGUGCAAGAAAUCGGAAGUGAUCAGAGGUCAAAUCCCAUGAGACUCCAAGCGCUUUAAGGGGUUCACUCGACUCAAACUCCACCAGUGACGAUGAGGCUCUUUUGGCUGGGGCAAUAGCAUCCAUUACGAGCUGUGAGUUACUUGCCCACUUUGUCAAGUUAAACGCCGCUUUCAUCAUGAUCUCUGACAUGUCUUGUUGAAGUUUCACAGUCGAGUCCACCGUAUCGGCUCCUGUUAGGACGUCAUCCACAUACAUGUUUGAAUUUCUUGGACUGCAUUUGGGAACAGUUCUGCGUAUUUUUUUUUUGCAUGAGCAUGGACAGUCGAAAUAGCAAGGAAUGGACUGGAGUUCACACCAAAUGUCAGUCUUUGCAUUCUAUAAACUUUGGGUGUUUCGUUAAAUUGUAAAUCUCUCCACAGGUACCGGUGAGCGUCUCUAUCCUCUGGCGCUAGCUUGACCUGAAGAAACAUCUUUUCAAUAUCUGCUAUGAGACCAAUUCUGUUUGUUCGAAAUCGAAUGAGUACAGAUGCAAGGUUGGGCUGUAAAGCAGGACCGGGAAGGACACAAUCGUUGAGAGAAACACCAUCUCCUUCUCGCGCGGAAGCAUCAAACACGAUUCUGCACUUAGUCGUCGUUUUGUCAUCACGGAACACAACAUGAUGCGGCAGGUAGCGUACAGCUCUAUCUUCAUCAUUCUCGUUAGGCACUACCUCUGCAAAUCCUUUCUCUACAUAUUCAUUGAUUGCAGAAUUGUAAACUUUAGCUUUCACAGGGUCAUGUCUUAACCUUCUUUCGAUGCUUUCCAGACGUCUAACAGCUUGCAUGUAGUUACUUUCCAGUUUAGGAGGGUCACGUUUCCACGGUAGUCGUACUUCAUAGUUCUUCCCGUCAAAUUUCAAUCCUCUAUUGAAGUCAGCAACAGCAACUUCCUCCUCCCGGGAAACGACAGUGUUUUCAGUCUCAGCGAUGCCAAUAGAUUCCAGUUCCCAGAAUCUUUUCAAGCUUUUAGUGAGUCCACUGUUUUCUACAACGGUAAGCAUGGAUGUGGUAUACCAUGAGUAACGGUUUACUUGUCCGGUAAGAAUCCACCCGAGAUGAGAUUCAACAGCAACAAGUGACUCAGAUGAACUACCUUUCUUGUACAACCCAGUUACGAACGAGUAGUAAAAGUCUGCACCAAUAAGGACGUCUACUUGGACGGAAUCGCGAGGGUAGGAAUCUGCGAGAGUUAAACCUUGAAGAUGAGAGUUCUUACGAAAGUCUAACUGCACUGGCCCGAGGGGGUUACAAAUCUUGGGAAUAGCAAGGGCCUCCAUCUCCACCUUGGAAUUUCCUUUCAUUGGCGAAAGUGCAAAUUUAACUCUCUGCAAUCUCUUGGUUUCACUAGAUGUUCCACCGAGCAUUGUAACACUUAAUAACUCUGAGGGACCUUGCAAGCCAAGGGACUCUGCAAUGCUCUUGCGCACAUAUGAACGUUGACUACCAGAGUCUAGCAAAACACGGACUGUCAUUUCUUGACCAUUAACAGUUAACCUCGCCAACGCUGUCUGUAGCAGUGUUUCCUUCAAGGGCAAUGCAGGUUUAGCUGAAGCUAACCCACUUAAACUGAUGUUGGAAGGCUGCUGGGGUGUAGCCACUAACUGCUGACCAUGUAACAAUUUGUGAUGACGGCGGCCACAAUUUGCCACAGAACACUUAGGUUGGCGACAAAUCUUGGAAAAAUGGUUGUGGUUGCUAGGCUUUAAACAAUUGAAACACAGUUUAUUCUCUUGAACUAGCUUCCACCUGUCAUCUAAUGACUUGUCAUUGAAAACUGGGCAAUUUGGCGACUCGUGACCUGCCUUACAGAAAUUGCAGCUUGGACCAGUUAGCUCGCGUGCCUCACCAAGUAAUGCAGAGGCUGUAUACGCUCCAUCCUCACCAAUUCGAGGAAGUGACGACUUUCUUCUGUUAUCUCUACCCUUAUUGCUUUGGGUAUUGUUCACAUUACAACCUCUCUCUCCCGCUUCUUUAGAUACUACUUGAUCUAUUUUAUCCUCUUGGGUGUCUGCAAGCUCUAACUCCCAUUUUUCUAGUAACUGAGGUGGCAACUUGGUCUCAAAGAUGGGUAACAAAAUACAACCAUGACUCGCUGGAUCUUCACCAAGCGCUUCUAAGGCUCUGGUUCUAUUCAUAAAUGUGUCAUAAAGAUCUCUAAGGGCGGAUGCGCUGACCGCCGACUUAGCAUCCAUGUGGAUGACAGAUUUCACAAGGGAUGAGAUUAUCAUACGUUUUCUUCCAUACCUGUGUUGGAGGCAAUGGACCGCUGCUUGAUAAUUUGCUCCAGUUACUUCAAAUCCUUCUAUUGUUUGCAAAGCAUUACCAGUAAGCACUGAGCGUAGGUAAGUAAACUUCUGUACCUUGGGUAAGUCAUCAUUGUUAUGCACUCCGGCUUCAAACUGGUCCCAGAAGUUUUGAAAUUUCAACACAUCCCCAUUAAACUUUGGCAGUUCAAUCCUGGGCAAUUUAAGACUUGACGAUUGACGAUUGUCAGUAUGUGUAUUUUCUUUUGAAGACUGAUGAUCUUCCACUUUGGAAUCCUUUUGGAGGUAUUCAUGAGCAACAUCGAUAGCUUUAUCCACCACACGUAAAAGAUCUCCCCAUUUGCGAAGUUCUUCUUCUAUCAUAUCCUCCGCGAUCAGCGCGACUAUUUCAUUUCUCAGCUGAAGAUAUUUCUCUCUGUGCACGGUAAGUCUUUCAAUUCUCAGCUUUACUUUCACUUUGUUACUUGUACUUUGACUAAGCUCCGAAAUUUCCCCAAUCAGCCCGUCCAUAUCUAUUUGCAAGGCUUUGGCUUUGCGUCUGAUCGAGUUAAUCCCUUGAAUUUCUACUUCACUCGAAGACUCCGCUGACUCAGCAAGAUUCAUUUCUUCCUUCGACUCUGGUUUAACAACAUUUGACUUUGAAUCGUCUACCAACCUUUCAAUCAAGACCUUCUUUUUUCCAGUAGUUGGUAAUCCCUUUUCUUGAAGCAGCUUUCGCAGCUGAUCGACUGUAAGUUGCGAUAAAUCAUCAUUUUCGGUCUUUGGACUGGCGGCCAUCUUAUCGCCCACGUGGUGAUGACCUUGCGAAGAAUUACAAAUUUACUGUUCAAAUGUCACCUUGUAUCCGGCUGUGAAGGACCAUGUUAAGGAAGCGAUGGAAUACAAACUUGAACGCUUGAACACAACUUUAAUCCGCUCGAUCUACAAUACACCGAUUUACAACAGGUUGAUGUACUGCCCGGGAACCCGACUUACAACAAAUCUACGAGCGACUAGCAAGGAAGUCACGUGCACACAUGUCCAAUAAACACAAACGGAUACGAUUCGUCAAACUGAUAGUCCAUUGGUACCAAUGGUACGAUUGGUACCAAUAGAAAAGCACCCUAUUCCAAUGGUUCUGUUGGUGCAUAUGCAUCUAAUUAAGGGGACUUACAUUAUUUUCCCAUGUGACCUGGUUGGGUACAGGGCAAUUCCAAUGGUCCAUUGGUACCAAUGGUACGAUUGGUACCAAUGGAAAAGCACCCUAUUCCAAUGGUUCUAUUGGUGAAUAUGCAUCUCAUUAAGGGGACUUAGAUUAUAUUCCCUUGUGACCUGGUUGGGUGCAGGGCAAUUCCAAUGGUCCAUCGGUACCAAUGGUACGAUUGGUACCAAUGGAAAAGCACCCUAUUCCAAUGGUUCUAUUGGUGAAUAUGCAUCUCAUUAAGGGGACUUAGAUUAUUUUCCCAUGUGACCUGGUUGGGUACAGGGCAAUUCCAAUGGUCCAUUGGUACCAAUGGUACGAUUGGUACCAAUGGUAAAGCACCCUAUUCCAAUGGUUCUAUUGGUGAAUAUGCAUCUCAUUAAGGGGACUUAGAUUAUUUUCCCAUGUGACCUGGUUGGGUACAGGGCAAUUCCAAUGGUCCAUUGGUACCAAUGGUACGAUUGGUACCAAUGAAAAAGCACCCUAUUCCAAUGGUUCUAUUGGUGAAUAUGCAUCUCAUUAAGGGGACUUAGAUUAUUUUCCCAUGUGACCUGGCUGGGUACAGGGCAAUUCCGAUGGUCCAUUGGUACCAAUGGUGCGAUUGGUACCAAUGGAAAAUGAUGCCAUUCCAAUGGUUCUAUUGGUGCAAAACAAGUUCACUUUUACACCAAGUGAAAACGCGCUAAUAAUUAUUAUGAACGUUCCUCGUUCUAUAAGAAAACCAAGCAAAACAAGUUCGCUUUUACAUCAAGUAAAAGCGCGCUAUAAUUCUUAUGAAUAUUCCUCGUUCUAUAUCCCAAUCACGCAAAACAAGUUCGCUUUUACACCAAGUAAAAGCGCGCUAUGAUUCUUAUGAAUAUUCCUCGUUCUAUAAGCCAACUAUGCAAAACAAGUUCGCUUUAAAACCAAGUAAAAACGUGCUAAUAAUUAUUAUGAAUAUUCCUCGUUCUAUAAGCCAACCAUGCAAAACAAGUUCAUUUUUACACCAAGUAAAAACGCGCUAAAAAUUAUUAUGAAUAUUCCUUGUUCUAUAAGCCAACCACGCAAAACAAGUUCGCUUUUACACCAAGUAAAAGCGCGCUAUAAUUCUUAUGAAUAUUACUCGUUCUAUAAGCCAGCCACACAAAACAAGUUUACAUCAAGUAAAAGCGCGCUACAAUUCUUAUGAAUAUUCCUCGUUCUAUAUCCCGAUCAUGCAAAACAAGUUCGCUUUUACACCAAGUAAAAGCACGCUAUGAUUCUUAUGAAUAUUCCUCGUUCUAUAAGCCAACCAUGCAAAACAAGUUCGCUUUUACACCAAGUAAAAACGUGCUUAUAAUUAUUAUGAAUAUUCCUCGUUCUAUAAGCCAACCACGCAAAACAAGUUCGCUUUUACACCAAGUAAAAACGUGCUAAUAAUUAUUAUGAAUAUUCCUCGUUCUAUAAGCCAACCACACAAAACAAGUUCGCUUUUACACCAAGUAAAAGCGCGCUAAUAAUUAUUAUGAAUAUUCCUCGUUCUAUAAGCCAACCAUGCAAAACAAGUUCGCUUUUACGCCAAGUAAAAACGAACUAAUAAUUAUUAUGAAUAUUCCUCCUUCUAUAAGCCAACCACACAAAACAAGUUGCCUUUUACACUAAGUAAAAACGCGCUAAUAAUUAUUAUGAAUAUUCCUCGUUCUAUAAGCCAACCACGCAAAACAAGUUCGCUGUUACACCAAUUAAAAACGCGCCAUAAUUCUUAUGAAUAUUACUCGCUCUAUAGGCUAACCGCGCAAAACAAGUUCGCUUUCACACAAAGUAGAAACGCGCUAAUAGUUACAAAGCGAGGGCGACCUAUAUAUCUAGCGCUAAUAAUAUCUCAAGAUGCUGCGAGUAUAACAAACAUCGUACGAACAUUAAAAUUGAAAGGUAACGCGUCACUGUCGUGUUCGUUCUGUUUAUUGUGAUUCACGAGCAAACAACAACAUGACAUAUGAAUGUCUUCUUUCCUGUACGCAAGCACUAUUUUUCGGUAAUUCUUACUUGUUAAAAGAACCCGAAACAACGCGGAAAGGCGCGAAACUAGCAAAGUGGUAUUGAGGCAACAGGUUUUAACAACUGUACUCAACUCACUGUGAAAUUAACUUCUGAAAUUUCUUAGCGCAAUUUCAUUAUCUACAAGGAAGCGUUUAAACCAAAACAAGUUUUCAAUGAAGAGUUUCCGAAAAGGGUGGUUAUAUCAUGCUAUUGCUCCUAAGAGAGCCGUUUUAUAUUCAAGUGACUGAAGUCACUUUUGACUGUUGACGUGGGGUUUGUCGUGCUAUAAUCAAGGUCGUAGUAAAACCAUUGAUGUAUUUAAUGUCAACGUUGUCCUUGACAAAUUGUAUUUGCCGUGCUCUUUUCUCGGCUGUAGCUUGCGAUGAGGCCAAUCGUACCAUUGGUACCAAUGGACCAUUGGAAUUGCCCUGUACCCAGCUAGACCACAUGAGAAAAUAAUCUAAGUCCCCUUAAUAAGUCUCGUUAAUGAGAUGCAUAUUCACCAAUAGAACCAUUGGAAUAGGGUGCUUCUCCAUUGCUACGUCAAUCGUACCAUUGGUACCAAUGGACCAUUGGAAUUGCCCUGUACCCAGCUAGACCACAUGAGAAAAUAAUCUAAGUCCCCUUAAUGAGAUGCAUAUUCACCAAUAGAACCAUUGGAAUAGGGUGCUUUUCCAUCGGUACCAAUCGUACCAUUGGUACCAAUGGACCAUUGGAAUUGCUCUGUACCCAGCGAGAGCACAUGAGAAAAUAAUCUAAGUCCCCUUAAUGAGAUGCAUAUUCACCAAUAGAACCAUUGGAAUAGGGUGCUUUUUCAUUGGUACCAAUCGUACCAUUGGUACCAAUGGACCAUUGGAAUUGCCCUGUACCCAGCUAGACCACAUGAGAAAAUAAUCUAAGUCUCCUUAAUGAGACGCAUAUUUACCAAUAGAACCAUUGGAAUAGGGUGCUUUUUCAUUGGUACCAAUCGUACCAUUGGUACCAAAGGACCAUUGGAAUUGCCCUGUACCCAGCUAGACCACUUGAGAAAAUAAUGUAACUCUCUUAAUGAGAUGCAUAUUCACCAAUAGAACCAUUGGAAUAGGGUGCUUUUCCAUCGGUACCAAUCGUACCAUUGGUACCAAUGGACCAUUGGAAUUGCCCUGUACCCAGCUAGACCACAUGAGAAAAUAAUCUAAGUCCCCUUAAUGAGAAGCAUAUUUACCAAUAGAACCAUUGGAAUAGGGUGCUUUUCCAUUGGUACCAAUCGUACCGUUGAUACCAAUGGACCAUUGGAAUUGCCCUGUACCCAGCAAGACCACAUCUGAAAAUAAUCUAAGUUUCCUUAAUGAGACGCAUAUUUACCAAUAGAACCAUUGGAAUAGGGUGCUUUUCCAUUGGUACCAAUCGCACCAUUGGUACCAAUGGACCAUUGGAAUUGCUCUGUACCCAGCUAGACCACUUGAGAAAAUAAUGUAACUCUCUUAAUGAGAUGAAUAUUCACCAAUAGAACCAUUGGAAUAGGGUGCUUUUCCAUCGGUACCAAUCGUACCAUCGGUGCCAAUGGACCAUUGGAAUUGCCCUGUACCCAGCUAGACCACAUGAGAAAAUAGUCUAAGUCCCCUUAAUGAGAUGCAUAUUCACCAAUAGAACCAUUGGAAUAGGGUGCUUUUUCAUUGGUACCAAUCGUACCAUUGGUACCAAUGGACCAUUGGAAUUGCCCUGUACCCAGCCAGACCACAUGAGCAAAUAAUCUAAGUCCCCUUAAUGAGAUGCAUAUUCACCAAUAGAACCAUUGGAAUAGGGUGCUUUUCUAUUGGUACCAAUCGUACCAUUGGUACCAAUGGACCAUUGGAAUUGCUCUGUACCCAGCUAGACCACAUGAGAAAAUAAUCUAAGUCUCCUUAAUGAGAAGCAUAUUUACCAAUAGAACCAUUGGAAUAGGGUGCUUUUCCAUUGGUACCAAUCGUACCAUUGAUACCAAUGGACCAUUGGAAUUGCCCUGUACCCAACCAGGUCACAUGGGAAAAUAAUCUAAGUCUCCUUAAUGAGAUGCAUAUUCACCAAUAGAACCAUUGGAAUAGGAUGCUUUUCUAUUGGUACCAAUCGUACCAUUGGUACCAAUGGAGACCCUUCUUAUCACCACUAACACCAAUGGAGUCUAUUUGUGAGUAUUGGACAACCCUCGUCACGUGACGUGUUAUCUACAUAAUUUAUUCUACUCUCACAGGUCCAGUCUCACGGGGCUUUUAAUGACCCGAGUACGAGUACGACGAUGGGCCGUAACAGAAAUAUUCCAUGUAGAAGUACACCUUGGAGUUGUUGAUCUGAGAAUGUAAACUCCCUUGAGUAAUCUCGCUAUUUAAGGAUCUGAACCAAGAGAAUCUCGAUCAUUUUUCACGGAACAAAGCGUUGUAGAUAGUGCAGAACGAUAAGUGUUAAUGAUACUGUAUCCUUUGCCCUCAUGAUAACAGUUGAGAACUCCACCACCUGGUUGACAGAAGCUUGAAGUAAAUCAAUUUGCCGUUUGUAACACCAGCUAGUCCACUUGUCCCACACGUACUGCUGUUCAUGGUGCACAUAUGAUGUCAACUGCUUGCUUUGAAAAUCCUUUGUUUGACAGAACUUUUCUGAUAAUGUCCAAGCGGCCAAGUUCAGUUUGUGUCUCACUGGGUGCCGUUCUUAGUUAUGAGGGAGACUCAGGAGGUUAUCUAGACGAGGUAACAAGAUUGGCUGAGUUGUUAACAACUGUGCACUGAAGUGGUUACUAACUCUGAGCAGGCCAUACCAAUGCAGUUAAUAGAACUAAGGCUUUGUCGUGGCGACGCUUGGCUAGGACUCGAGGUAGCAAACUAAAAGGAGGAAAGGCAUAGCAAUUCAUAUUAUCCCAACUCAAAGAAAAGGAAUUUAUAGCCAUUGCACCUGGCUGUGGGUGCCAGGAGAUAAACUUCGCAGUCUUGGCAUUAAGCCUAGAUGCAAAAAAAAUCAAUUUCAGGAAUAAAGGUUUGAGAAAUAAUUUCCUGAAAAACCAAACACAUGAUCUAAGGAUCACUCCAAAUUAGAGGGGAUUUCCCUGGAUAAGGUAUGGGCCUGAGUAGUAACCUUUCCUGGGAUGUGCUGAGCAGAAAUAAAAAUAUCCCUCAACUUGCACCAUUCCCAAAUACUUCUGGACAAUAAAUCUAAUAACGGGGAUCGUGCACCCUCCACAUUGUUAAUACAGGGCACUGCAGUGGAGUUGGCAAUUGCAAGUCUUACAUGAAUGGACCUUGAAUUAGACUCAAAACACUGGAGAGCAUGAAAUGGUGCUAGAAGUUCCAGGUAAUUAAUGUGAUGUUUGGAUUCGCUUUGAGACCACCUGCCAGAUACAGACAGGCUACCACUCACGGCUCCCCAACCAAUUAAACUUGCAACACUCUGAAUGUAAAUGUCAAUCACUUUCGGAACCUGAAAAAGUCUACCAUUGCACUGGGUAAUAUUCUCAAUGACCCACUGUAAACCAGAACGAGCUUGAGAGCAUAAUGAUCGUGCCCUGUCAUAAUCAAGGCUUCCAGACAACGUUUGAGUCUUGCGCAACUCUUAAGGAACGGUAAUGCAUCUCUAGAUAAUUCACAGCCGGGAGUGCAGAAACUAGCAGCCCACUUACUUUAGCAACAUCCCUAACACUAGGUUGGUGCUUAGCUAAAAGGAACUUUGAAGGCCAAGACUAUUUUCUGUAACUUAACAGCCAGCAACUGCAAUUUCAUUACUAUGGAAUUAAUUAUUAAAUCCAAAUAAAAGAUCUCAUGCAUUGACAGAAACUAGCCGAGAUUUCUCAACAUUGACAGUAAGGCGCAACUCACAGAGAGUUGUUUUACGACCUCAAGUUGCUGUCAACACUCGUGAUAACAGCGUGCAAUAAGAAUGAGAUCAUAAUAACCCUGAAGGCAAUAAAUCUAAAAUAUGCUAUAACAGGUUUAAAAAUGUUAGUGAAAACCCUGGAAAACCCUGGAUGCAAGGCUGUACCCAAAAGGUAAGGAAGUAAACUCUUAACGCUUGGAAUUCCAAAGAAAACGUAAGUAUUUACGAUGGGGCUGGAAAAUAGGUGCACUGAAAUAAGCAUCCUUAAGGUCAAUAGAGACCAUGCAGUCCCCAGGGGAAAUACAUGCGGAUAUUCUCCAUCUUGAAAUGAAUGUUUUUCACAAAUUGAUCGAGGAGGUUAAGGUUUAUAACUGGCCGAAAGUCCCCGGUCUUUUUGGGAAACAAAAAGACUGUAGAAAUGGAUUCAUUAUCACAAGGAUACACUUCAGUCACAGCACCCUUAGAAAUUACCUUUUUAAAUAUCUUUUGUUGACCAAGUCGCGAACUAAUCAGUAAAAUUAUAGAAGAGAGAUAGGGAAAAUAUGAAGGGUCAUUAUGUUUUGCACUGAACUGAUGACUCCAAUUUGGUAUGAUUUGUCCCAUUUUAGGCCUUGGGAAGAAAAAGUUAGCUAGAAAAAAUAUUAUUCAUUCGAUCGUACUUAAACCAACGAUUUUGUAAUUAGGGCCCCUAGGGCUUUAUUCUGGCUGAGUUUGAGGCCAGGUCAUUUUUUAACUAUUUCCACGUCUAGUUGAUAAUUACGCGGCGGAGCAGCUCUUAAAAAGGCAAAUUGCUUCCAGCAGGUUCUUAAUCCACAAGGUUCUUACAUGCGGGUUUUAACUGCAUUGUAUUAACUUCACAAAACUACUGAUUAGUGUAUUUUAAAUUUUACUUUACUUGCAGGAGGGCAAAAGAAAGAGUGAUAUUCCAGCCCUUUGGUGGAUUGAUGGUGACGGUAAUGAAGUGAAGUGGAGUUUUCAAGAUGUCGUUUUGAACUCUAAAAAGUAAUAGUUUUCUCAGCCUAUCCCCUUAAAUGGCAUUUCCAACCUAUGCUUAAAUUUACCUGCUCCCUAAAGUAGGAUUUUUUUCAAAUGGCACUUACUGCACCUACGGGUCCGCCACUAAAGAAGUGCAACCCCUUACAAAAGUUCAUGAGGCUUGUCACUCCCCAAGGUAGAUAUAACGAUAAAUUUAAAUUUAACUUUUUCACUGCUUGGGUAACCUCCAUCUAUCCUUGAGCAAACCAAAACGGUGCCACCUCGGCCUCGUAUUCAGAGAUUGCAAUCUUGCUUUUUCUUCCCUCUAGGACGGCUAACUUGCUGUGUGCGGCCGCUGAUAUCAAACCAGGCGACCGUGUGAUGGUAAUUUUGCCUGCAGUUCCGGAGUAUUGGAUGAUACAGGCUGCUUGUUUAAGAACAGGUUGGGUUAAGGUGUCGUAGAUUUGAUUUAACAUCGAUCCUAUAGACUUGCUACAAGUCGACUUCACGAGUUUCUUAGCAAGUGGAGCGAACUUCUUAGUCUGCGCCAUAUUAAAUCGGACGAACGACUUUUUUGAAAGUCUAUGUGGACAUACUAACUCAAGGUUUUGAAAGAGGCAUUAGGCAUUGACAGGAGCCCACGAUGGGCUCCUGGCAUUGACGAUAAGAGCGUGCGUUUAUCCUGUCCUGUAAUUUGAAACCGAUGACCAGUGCUUCCUUGAUUGGUUCGUUAACUCUAACUGCAUCGUUUCUAUCAGAAUUCACCUUAUUUUAAUUCUCAUGCCGCUUACUGUGCAUAACAAAUGUUCCAACAUGUUAAUGUCAACGCAUAAACCCAGUCAAUUUCUAAGAGAGGAACCGUUGGAAAGGCCAAGAAAACAUUUUCUCAGUCCGCACAAGAGAGGCUCUCUUCACUGGCUCUCAUUCACAUCCACUAUCUAACCUACAUUGAUCUGAAGAAAUCUUUGAUUGAUCUGUUUCCAAGAAAGACCCAAGGAAGCUUGAGCUUGUUUGGUACCGCUAUUGAAUAGUCAUGAUGCAAAGAUCAUGCAUCAAACUUUGCGAAUUAUACGGAUUUACAACUUUCUUUCUGCUUUUUUUCUACUGUUAUUGGCACCCCGUUUUGUCAUUCUAAAAAGUUGUAAAAUAAAGUACUCUAUUUGAAAAACAUUACUUUGAAGAUUAAAAGUGUGAGAAAUGCCCAGUUCUUCAAAACGCUUGAAAUGCAGUCUCAGACAACCUAAUUCCAACCCCCACCCCUGAGACUUGCGCCCCCGGCAUCGUUUGUUGGAUCGCACCUCAACGUAAAAAAACCUGGCUACGGGCCUGUGCCCGUGCAAACGUUAUCUAGUAUAGUGUAAACAUAGCCUAAUAUACGUCCACAAUGGCUGACACUGAUCUAUUAAUUUAGCACAAUUGUUACAGGUGCAGUCUUCAUGGUAAUCCCAGAUAACACUGGGCCUAAAGAACUUCACCGUAGAAUUGUGAAGUCCAAACCAGUCUGUGUAGUGUCAGCUAACUCUGAUCAAAUUAAAGAAGAGCUGUUUGAUGUUAUUGACAAGGUAUCUCAAUGUGUAAUUUGAUUAAAUAAACUAUUUUGUAAUGUUUAAAUAUAAGGCAGUUCAGGUAUGGGAAAAUUUUCGAAAGAACUGAAGUUUCUAAACAAAAAAGGUUCGCCUUGAAAAGAAACUAAAAAAUUUUCUACUACGAAACCAAUUAUGGCUAACUUCAUUUUCUUUUCUUUUAUAGAAAAAAAUGGCGUAGUAAUAUGUAUUUAUAUAUUUUUUGUCUUCCUUUUUUCCUCUCUGUUUUUCGAUAUAAAAAGCCCAAUUUAACAAUACAUUGCAUUGUAUUAUAAAGUUUUAUUAUAAUUGAGAACUUUUUAAUGUUACAUGAUCAUUUUAGCUGAGCUUUGUUGAUUUUAUUCAAACCAUGUCUGCACUCAGUAACCAACACGAACACUUCGGCCACUGUGGUCACUGAAUUUUUUCAUCGCUUAUUUAUCCUUUCUUUUGUAAUUUGUGUUAACUGUAUUUCCUUGAUCCGUGCACAAUAGAGGUGAAAUUAUUCUUUUCAUAGUCUCGAUAUAAAGUGAGUAAGAGAAUGUUCAAUAAAAAGUAGUGAUGAACAAAAGUGCCGUGUUGUAGUUGGAGUUUCUUUCCAAACGUUUCGGGUUUGGCCCUUCAGCAGCGAAGGUACACGUACUUUAGAAUCGUCGCAAAGAUCGAUGAACGAGGUUCAACAAAAUACCUUGAUUUGUCAGAUCAAUUAUUUCAUUGCCGAAGCCGCGAGGCCGAAGUCAAAGGCGGUGGGAAAUAAUUGAAGUGCAAGACACCGACAGUAACCACUGCAACGAAAGGAGACAAUUUUCAAUCAGCAUAUAUGUUUUGCUUUCGUAAACGUUAUUAAAGGCAUGAGGAGCCACUAUUAUCCCUAAAGACAGGGGCAAAUUGCGCAUAAGCUGAACAUUGUCUGGAGCAAAGCAGAGCCAAACGACUUUUUCUCCAUGGCGUAUGGGUAGACUAUUGUGACCGUGGCAGGAUUAGCUCAGUCGGUAGAGCGUUUGACUGCAGAGCGGGAGGUCGCGGGUUCGAUUCCCGGGGCCGGACCAGUACUCAGGGUCUUAAAAUGACUGAGAAAUGAAGGUACUUCCUUUACAGGGCAAGCGGCGAGACCUUCGCGUGGCUCGGAUGACCACGUAAAAUGGCGGUCCCGUCUCCAUUAGGAGACGUAAAAAUAUAGUGUCCCCAAUUAGCACUUUCAUGCUAAAUACAUUGAUACUCAAAUAAAAAGUGCAAAGUGCAUUUGUCUGUAGGCUGCAGAGACUUUAUGACCUCUAGACCAAUCAAAAGGUCGGAAAAAAUGGUUUGAAAUAUGAUGAUUAUUUAUUAUGCCUUUGCUACUCAUUUUUUGUUUGUUUUUUCGAUUUAAUUUGUUUUACAGGUCAUAGAAGUCAAUAUUAAAACCAAGAUUUUGGUCAACAGGAUCAAAGUUAAACAAAGGUAUCUGGCAAGAUGGUUCUCUGCUCCUGCGUCCAUGCGCAUCUUUCUAACUUCUUGCACAAAAACCAUCCAUCAAGAACGUCUAAGACAAAACGUUUUCAUUUUUUAAGUUCUCCUAUGUAAUAGCGAGGAGCAGAUAGUCUUGUUGAAAGGACCGAGAAAAAACAAUUAUUAUUCUUUGAUACCAACUCUAGAUAGAACUUUUGUCAAAGAAACUAGCAUAAUAGAGCUUGGACUUGCAUAAUAGAGAGGCCAAAACAGAGUUAUCAAUUACGUCAAAUUUGAAAUUGCGACCGUAGUCUUUUCAUUUGCGAGGAAUUUCUUAUAUUUCAUGCCCUGUACGCCCUCUUCUAGGCAUAUAAAUAGAGUCCAUGAUCUUUUAUUUUAUCAAUUACAAUUGGAUACUCCUCUUGUUUUUUUUUCUCCAAUUUUGUUCUUUUUUUAUUAUUUUCUUUCAUUUCAUCUUACAUUACAUUAUAUUACAAUACCAACUCAAUUACUUAUAGUACAUGCACUGACAAACCAGAUUAAAACUUCACAAAAUUACAAAUGCAAAAGGAAAAAACAAAGAACACAAAACAUAAGGUCCUAAAGUAUUUAUAAGAAAAGAGAGCAAGGCCAAUAUUGAGAAAAUUAAUAAUGCGAAAGUACAAGAAAUAAAUAUAUUUAAUUCAUCGCGAAGUGAGUUUAUAAUCUCGUCGAGCGCGUAGUGCGUGGACCGUGCGUAGAUCCUAGCGAGCUGCAAACUCGCAGCGCUUAUCUUUACUUGUAUAUAUUCGAUGGUGUACGUACUGUAUGUUUCUUGUAAGAAGCAAAUAUUGCACCUUUUAAAAAGGCUAAGCCAGAGUAAUCUUAACAAUAUUGUGGUCUUUACUAUACUUGCAGGAAAGGCUGGCUUGCAUUUGAGAACCUUUUGGAGACUGCAAGAGUCGAUUUUCAGGUUGGAAAUAAGUUUUCUGUAGAACUAAAACUUUAAUUUGUGCCGCCUGUCAUUUUCAUAAUAGUAAGAAAAGAUCAACUUGCUCCAUCAUAUUCAAGUUGUCUUUAUACCACAAGUGGCGUGUUCGUUUUCAUUACCAUUGUUUUUCAUGCACGUUCCUCUAACGUUAAAAAUCGCGAAGGGUUGCAUCCUUCUACCGUUAAUGUUGUCUUGUAUAGUUGAUUUCAUUUAGUACUUGUCACAGCUUGAUUUUCUGGUUUUCGCUUGCGACAUACGAAUAAACUUAUUCAGAAUCUCCCCACCUGCUUAAAACAUACAGAUAAGACAUAAAACUGAAGGUCGACCUUCUUGGCGAUCUUUUUGCACAGGUGACAAGCACUCACGAAUAAGGAGCCAGUACGUUAGAAUAUAGGAAAAUCGGUCUGUCUACAGCUGAAAAAUUGACAAAGACGGCGGAAAAAACAGCCUCUCUCACUGUGAGACGCAUGUUGACACGUGUUCCUUGGGCUUGCAAAUUUCGCGCGCUCUGGAGUAAAAUAAUUUCAGCAAAGAAUGAUCGACGAAAAUGCUGUAUGCGCCAGUAUGAUAACAUUAAAGGAUUACGAAGGAACUAAAAUAGAUCUGACCAGCCGAAAAAUAUUAUUAUUAUUACUUUUGUUGCUGUUAUUAUCAUUAUCAUUAAUUAAAAGUAAACUUUGCAAGACAUCAACGUGACACAGAAAGAACUUUAACAGAACAGAGUGAAGUGAUAAGCAGCCCUUUUACUCUCUUUUUUCCUCAUUACGGCAGAGCAUAGAAUGAUUACUUUGCGACUAUUAUACUUACGUGUAGUUUGCAUGGCAACAUUCUUUGGUUGUAGUUGCUGGACUUCUUUUUUCUCACCCCGUUCACAACGGUUGAUAUUUACCUCUGUUUUGAAUUGUUUAAUACAUAACGUCUUUCUAUUUUAUUUUUCUUUCUCUUUACAAGUCCGUGAAGUCAUUAAGUUCAGCUCCCACUAACAUAUUCUUCUCAAGCGGAACAACUGGAAAUGCAAAGAUGAUCGAACACUCGCAAGCCAGUAUGGGACUGGGAAGUUUAGCAAUUGAAAAGUACGUAACAAAGGCGGAAGAACCACGGGUUUUUGGCAUUUAAUUUGAUCCCUUCGCCACCAAGGGGUAGUGGGUAAGAAGCACAGGGAGGGGUGAAUUUCUUCCUGUAUGAAUGGGUGGGGCUUUCAAUAGACAGAGGACAAUACCAAUUUCAGCACUGAAGCACGCAUACCAAUUCGGCAGUAUGACUGAUACCUUGCGCAUACGCACAACCGAGGACGAAACAGCUCUCUUUGUCUGCCACUGCCGGGAGUGAUAUGGUUGUGCGCAUUAGUAAGGUACUGGCCAUACCGUGGAGUUGCUACGUGUGCUUCUGUGCUGAAAUUGGCAUUCUUUCUAAAGAGGGUCUGCUUUAGAGAGAAGAGCUGUAAAAUGCAUUCUUUCAGGUUUUUUCCAAGUUAGGCUUAAAGCUUUUAACUGAAUCAUUUUCUCUUACAGGGUUAACGAAGAAACAGAUUUAAUUUGGGUAACUACUCCUACUGGGUGGACUGUGCUUCUUACUCGGUCUUUUUAUGGUGCUUGGUCCGAUGGAGCAGGGACUUUCGUUCAUUACAAGAAAGUGACCCCUAGAGAAGUCCUGAAAACCUUGCAGGAGUAUCCUAUUACUGUGGCUCAGUUUAGGCCUUCCAUUUACAUAAAGGCUUUGGACGAGGGAACUCUUGAUAGCUUUAAAUUUCCCACAUUAAAACGCUGCUUAGUCUCAGGGGAACCAUCAAACAAGAAGGUGCUACGUCGUUGGAGAGAAAAAACAGGAGUUGCGCUCUGGGACAUUUACGGACAAACGGAGUUGGUAUGUUUCAAAAUGUGUUAAUCAGGGCCUCCAAUAGCCUGCGGACACAGUCGUAUUUCCGGUCGUCGCAAUACUUCUGUGUCCGCAGGCUAGGCCUCCAAAGAUGUCUUCAUUUAAGUGUCAAUGCAUUUCGCACGAGGUAAUAACUUAAAACUCGCUUUUUCUACCCCCUGCUUUUGUAAGACGAGACGGCCAAUUCUAAGUGGUUAUUCAAGUCACGUGAAGGUUUAGGGUGAUCUUUCCCUAGGGCCCUCCCCUCCCACCUCCUCCGCUCGGCAGUACAAAACUGAGCCACUGAGCUCCUGAGUCCAUUGGGAAAGGAGCCUAGUUUAUUUCUGUCCUUUUUGAGAGGGUAUGUAAACUACAUUAUUCUUAUGAUUGGAGGCACUGUGCAGACAGCGUUGACUGCACAACCUAAACACAUUCUCAGAUUGUGGCCCUUUGUUUUGAGGUCCACUUACUUUCAGUAUGAUGGAGAAAUUUAUGAAUGCCAAAAUGUCGCAGCUACGUGAGGACAAUUCUCCGCAGUCAUAGCAGACAUUUUUAUGAACUACCGUCACACAUACUAUCAUAGACAUACCACGUUGAAUACUGAUCAGGCUCUCGUUACAUAUCUUUCUCUUUCAUCUCGUAUUUUCAUAUUUUUUCUUAAAGAAUGCUUUGACAUGGUACAGAGACGCAGGAAACAGCUCACAGCUCGAAUCUGUUGGUAGGCCUUUCCAUGGUGUUGACAUGCUUGUAAGUUGAUUUGACUACUAGUAGUAAAUAUUCACCAACUUAAGCCGGACAUUCUGCGAACAAAUUCUGAUACCUUCGCAGUUACGUCUUCAUGUUUUGUAGGCUUAUGCACUGUUUGUCAACUAUCAUUGAAAUAUAGGUUGUUGACGAUAAUAACCAAGAGCUACCGCAUGACACAGUGGGAAGAAUUGUGGUUCGUGUAAAACCCUAUCGUCCUGUUAAGAUGUUUACCUGUUAUGUGGUAAGAAAAAGAAAUAAUUGUUAAGUGAGUUAACUCAGUUUUUUAGAUUUAGCUAGAAGAAACCUAAAGGUGAUGUUACCCGAGACGAUUCGCCACCACGAUUUUUCGCGCAACACAGCGUUGCAACAUUGUUGCGACAUUCAGGUUUCGAAUGGUUACAACAUUGUUCCAACAUUGCAACGCUGUGUUGCGAUAAAAAUCGUCGUUGCGAAUCGUCCCGUGUAACAUUACCUUAAGUUUCCGUUGAAAUCCUCUCUCAAAUCCUAGUUCUAACAUACAUACGAAUAAUGAACAAUGUUACUAUGAACUUUAUUAACCUGAAGUGAUAACUUGUUUGUAGGAUGAUCCUCAGAAAACGGAGGCUUGUUUUUCUGGAGAUUUUUACGUGACAGGUGCGUUAAGUUUGUGAACAUUACAAGAGAGAAGUUGACGAGGACGUUUUCCUCGAUGAGUUUUCGUUGUCAUAAAUAGCUUACCUUAUUUGUAGCAAUAAUGUAAUCGCUAUCGUUAGACCCCCAGUCCCUCACGCAUGUUACGAGUGGGCUUUCAUCUAAUGUGUAACUUGAAUUACGAUUUUAUGAUUUCAACCUGAAUCUGCUUCAAUUAGCUAAUUAUAUAUAGAAGUGGCUUCGCUCUAUUCACGUCUGCUAUUGUAACAUGGGGAGUGUCAGAAGCUGAUUCCAAACGAAGCCUCCAUUCGGAAACCAAUAAAAAACUGUACAAGUUUUCUCUUUAGAAGGCAAAAACCUUAUGAAGUUCUCCCAUUUACAUGGCCAAGACUAGAAGUUAUCAAUCAAAACUUGCUAAUAUUAUCAAGUACACCCUUAUAUUAUGCUAACUGGGCGUUAAAGUACCUUGCAAUUAAUUCAUAAGUAAAGUCGGAACCUUUCACUGAAGGACUAACUAUGCUAUACUGCUGAGUUAUGACCUUUAUCUGCCUGUGCAUAUUUUGGUACUGAGCUCUAACGGGUUAAAUACUGAAACAGGUGAUUUGGGACGGAGGGACAAAGACGGUCAUUUCUGGAUUGUCGGACGAGCUGAUGACCUCAUUAAUGUGAACACGUAAGACAUUUUUCUCUAGCAAUAAACCUUUCCGCUGAUACGUGUAGCCGUAUCUUCAAAUAACUUUCACAAAAUGUUCUUUUUACCGAUUGAAAGUUAAUUUUAAAAUAAAUCAGUCUAAACUUUUCCCUGUAUGAAGCUUUUUUGCAUUAUAUUCCUCCUUCCUGCACCUUGAAGAUGAGGCAUAAAACAAGUGGCAUACUGUCGAGCGAAAGCUCCAGAGUCAGUUUCAUCUGAUUUGAUUGUAUGGAUCAGAAUACUCCCUAACAAAAACUUUAAUUACCGCAAGUAAUAACAAUGUAACUUACCGUGAUUAGGAUUGCUUUCAUCCUCGGAGACCCAGGGGCAGUCUAGUCUGCACCACAGCAGUUCUUUGUGUUGUCAUCGUCGUUGCGUGACGAGACAAAGAACGGCUGUGAAGCAAGUUUAAUUUUCAAGUUUCAAGUUUAUUUAAUAUAUAUGAAAACUAUUUACAAUCAAAUCUGACUGACUUGCAUGUUGCUAAAAAUAAUCAAGGCAGGUCAGUCUCACAAGUUCUUAAUAUUACAAAUGGCAAAAAAUGAGUUUGAAAAAAGGCAAGAUUAAACUAACAGUUUUUCAAAAAAAAAAGCGAGAAACGUAUAAGUACUAAGAGAGAAAAACUGGAAGUAUAUAUUUUUUAAGUUUGGCUAUGAUUUUGUCAUUAUCUUUAUAGUUGUCUUCGGUUUUCAAUAUACUUAAUAAAGCUCCUUAAAGUUUUUUCUGAAGGUCGUCUUUGAUAUGUUUUUUAAGCUAUUUGGCAUCUCAUUCCAUAUCUGCUUAAUUUGAAUAUGAUGGUAAUCUCUUCGCAUGUCGUCGAAAUGUCAGUCAUUAUUACAUGUAGUCGUUUUGAGGAGUACUUUGUAAGGAUGGUUAGCCGGUAUAAUUAGAGAAUCAUAACAAUUAUUUUCAGACUCCUGAUCAAUCCUUGUGAUGUAGAGACGUCCUUAAGAGAACAUCCUGCGGUACUUGACUGUGCUGUGGUCAGCAGUCUCAAUCAGUUGUCUCAGGUAUUUUUAUUUAUAUCUAGAUUAGACGUUUAUACUGUAAAACUGGGUACGAAUCAAAUUUUGUAACAUGAGACAUUGAAGAAGAGUUUCUUUGGACGAGAGUAUAUCGUAUGGGUGAGAAUAAAACCUGGUAAGACACUGAAUCUGAGAUUGGUUAAGAGGGACCGGUUGCGUAAAACCUCUUCUAAAGUAUCCAAGGGGCUACAAUAGGUCAAGCUUUUGCUAUCUGUCUUAAAGCUAAACCGUUUCUUUUCGCAUCAACUGAAUUCCAAAAAUAAUGGUCCAGUUUCGUUAUUCAUUAGACUAUAUUUAGGCAUUGAAACUUUUUCCUGUCGUCUGUUGCAACAAAUGGCAAAGGUGACAUGGAUUGAAAGCGGAACAAGUUGGGCCAGCUUUUUCAAGUUUUUAAUGUUUUACCUACAAGAAUCAUUAAAAAAACAUAGUUAGUGCCGGCCCCUUAUGAAAUUUGUUGGUACCUUCUUCAUAACUCUACAGGAUCAUUUUGUGCAUGGGUGAACAUGGGCACCAAGUAUGACUUCAGCACAGAAUUGACCCAAAACAGCAUUAUCCUCGUAAUAUAGCUCGUGAUGUAGUGAAAUAAUUAAAUGAUACGGGUACGACACAUUAAAUGAUUUUGGGUUUGUUAGUGUAAAACUUAUAAUUUUCGUAUUUCUUUCUGCUACUUUUGAAACGUCCUGAAUGGCCUACAUAUCGCGAGAUCUUUAUAGCAGAAAUAAUUUGUUGAGUUAAGAUUGUGCCGCAGUCUCCCUGGAAAAUGAAAGCUAAAGCAUUAUCCUUAUAAAUGGGUUUAAUUUUUCUAAUGUCCUCGAGUCUCUCCCUGGCAGCUUAGUUUAGUUGGAGAGAGACCCCGGUGAUUGGAAGGUCACGGAUUCGUAUCCUAUUCUCUCUCCUCCUCAAAUCUCUGGCUGUAUCCCACUAAAAAUAGAGAAAAGUACUGCAAUAAUCGAAAAAUAGAAAGCGCGCGGGGGACGAUGGGAAAAGAGAAAAGGCGGGAGCCUACGUCCCUUCCUCUCUUCCCCCUUCCCAUCGUGCCCCGCGCGCUUAUUUUUCCCUUCUUCCCAGUCUCCGUACGACACAAAGAGGCCUCUGCGGAGGUGACAGUAUCCCAGAGGGGAUUUCUUGCUAUCAACAUCACAGCCAGCACAUCUUUGCAAUAAUAGCGUUGUUAGUCAUUACUUUUCAUUCAGUCUCUAACCGAGGAGUUGCAAUUUAUUGUACCUGAAAAUCUUUCUUAUAAUCGUAUUGAUUUUCUUUAAUUUCCUUUCCCAUUAAGUGACGGAAUAUAAUUGAAGUUAGGAAAGAGGCUCUUAUCUGGGACCUGAAUCAAGUUUUGUUUGCCUUAAAUAGGUUAAGGAUAUGUUUUCCUUUUUUAGACAAUUUUAAAAGCAUUUAUUGUGCUGUCAACUGACUUCAAGAACAAAAACCAGGAUGAGCUGAUGAAAGAACUCCAGGAGUACAUGAAAUACAAUGCUGCAGCCUGGAUGUGUCCACAAAAGGUCAUCGAUUUGUGA